GUGCCGCUAACACGCACCUAUAACAUAAGUAUUAGUUCGGUUAGACCCUAUUGAAUUGUGCAGGUUUUCAGUUCAUACUGAAAUCCCCAUUGUUGAUCCACAAGAAGGUGCUGAAAAUCUAUAUUGCAAUUCACCGUAAUGAGCGCAGGUGGAGCAUUUGGAGGGAAUAGAGGAGCACGGCCCGUACCACCAGAAAAAGGAGUGUUUCCGUUAGAUCAUUUGCACUUAUGUGACCUGGAGAAGAAAGAAUAUAUAGGCUGUCUGAAAACUUCAGGGCAUAAAUCCGAGAUAUGUAGAAGUUUUUCAAAGAAAUACUUGGAAUGUCGAAUGGCAAAGAAUUUGAUGGCAAAACAAGAUAUGCAGGAGCUUGGAUUUUGGAAAGAAGACAACUCGGAAGUCUCAAAAGAGGAAAAUAUGAACGGAAGGAUAAAAGGAUGAACUUUAUAAACUAAGAUUAGUCAACACUUUGCAUUUUUGACUUACGAUUUACGCGUUGUUUGUUUUAAGAGACGGGGGUUUGAGAAAUGACUCGGGUUCAAUCUCAAACUUGAUUUAUCUGAAAAAGUUGUCACACGUUGGUGAUCGGUCUGUCGGACCCCAUGCGGUGAGCUUGAUUUACAUCUCACGUAACGGAUCUCAGAGAGUUUGGUGUGAGCCUGUUAUGGUUUUCAAGACUCGACCUAAUAUCACAAUUUUUUUCCAUCUUU